ACAACUGCUUCGUUGGUUUCAUCAAAUCCCUUCUUUUGAUUUCUAAAAGAUCAUCCGAAUCCUUCCUUAUCUUCCACUCCCUCUCCUUCUUCAACUCUCCACCAACCACUUUCCCGUUUCCUUUCGUUUCCUUUCCUUUCUUCUCCACUCCUUCCUAUUCCGAGAAAAUUUGCUCGUCGUCUUUCGUGAGAUAUUCCCGGAAAGGAAAGAAAAGGGCAUUUUGUGUUUGCCAAUAUCUUAUCCACAGGAAAAAUCUUCUUUUCUCUCUGAAUCUGCAUAUGGGUAAUGGGUAUGUUUCAUUUUUCUGAGUCUAUCAAGAAUCUGGGAAGAAAUUAGUGAGCUUAUAGCUGACUUUAGAAGGAAAGUGAGAGAGAGAGAGAGAGAGAGGAAUACUUUUGAGGAAGAUGAAGAUUCAGUGCGACGUUUGCGAGAAAGCUCCGGCGACUGUGAUUUGUUGCGCCGACGAGGCGGCUUUAUGCGCCAAGUGCGACGUCGAAGUUCACGCCGCGAACAAGCUCGCCAGCAAGCACCAGAGGCUUCUCCUUCAGAGCCUUUCCAGCAAGCUCCCUAAAUGCGACAUUUGCCAAGAUAAGCCAGCUUUCAUUUUCUGUGUGGAAGACAGAGCGCUUUUUUGUCAGGAGUGUGAUGAACCAAUUCAUGCAGCCAAUAGUCUGUCUGCAAACCACCAGCGUCUCUUGGCUACUGGAAUCCGCGUCGCCUUGAGUGGCAGUUGUAAUAAGGACACCAAGAAGAGCUCCUUGGAGCCACCAAAUCGAAACCCACAACAGGUCUCAACAAAAACUCCUGCACAACAGGUUUCUGGCCCCACACCAUCUUGGUCUGUUGAUGAUUUGCUACACUUUUCAGAUUUUGAAUCUUCUGACAAGAAGGAGCCAUUUGAGUUUGGAGAGCUGGAAUGGCUAGCGGACGUGGGUCUAAUCGGCGAGCAAAUAACUCAGGAAGCCUUGGCAGCCGCUGAAGUUCCUCAGCUUCCAGUGCCGCAGUCGAGCAAUGUUCCCUCGUACAGAACUAUCAAAUCGAACACUCCCUACAAGAAGCCUAGAAUUGAAAUGCCGGUUGAAGAUGACGAGUAUUUCGUUGUUCCCGAUCUUGGUUGAACUUAGACGUAUAUAGAUUAUGUGGUACAAAUUGUAGGUACUCACGUAGGCAUCUGAAACGUAUCCAUACCUAAGUACAUGUAUGUAUUUAUGCGUGUAUGUGUUCAAUAGUUAAUAAUGCAUCCCGGGCGUAUACUGGUCUUUUUCUCUCCCUCUCUUUCAUAUGUUCGUCUUGUCCACUCCUAGAACACCAUUGCUAAUGUUGGUUAGUAUGGUAAUAGGAUUGAUAUAAGACAAAUAUGUUUCUGCAAUUCUGUGUGUGACUCGGGUGAUAGAUGUUUUUGUGCCACA